AUGUUCGGCUGCGUGACGACGGCAGGCUCGUUGGACUCUGAUUGUGGCCCGGACAUCCAAGUGCAGGACCAAAGCGCUCGCUUCGAAUCCGUGAUGCCGGACUGGCAAGGCGGCGUUUCCGGGCAGCUGCGCCUAAAGCUGCGGCGGGAGCAAAGCUUAGAGCGGAGGCCUAUGGACGCACAGGCCAUUAGCCUCUCCAAAGAGUUGCCUUUGCCGACGGACGUGCUCGUGAAGCUCAUUGCCGAGAAUGCAACGGGCAAUGCGACGACAGUUCUUCAUGCCGGUGGCAUGGUCUCCAAGGAAGGAGACAUC